AUGGAGGCACUUGUUUAUGAAAAUUCGCCUCUGGCGGACUACCUUCAAGGGGAAGGAGACCCUGAGGAAAGCUGGCCCAUCGAAGAAGCUUAUAGUGAGAAUGACGAAGACGUACCCUCCGCAAACUUUGCCCCGCGAGGUGCUUCCCAAUUUCAAGACCGAGUUCGCAACAAGUUACCAACACCUCUCGACUUGAGCAACACGCGCCAGAGCGCGGUUGUCGGGAAGCUAUACAAUGCCUGCUCGGUACGGCGAGCCCUCGAACGAACCCCCUCCGAUAGCACAUUACUGAUAUCUCUCGUCCAUAUACAGUCUGCCUUGAACGCGCGCAUUGGCCGAGGUGAUAACGAGCGGUUUUUAGAACAAUUCGGAUACGUCAUCGUCGCCUCGCAGCUAUUAAACGAACACAGCGCCCCCUCCUACACAUCCGCCGCAGACGUUGUAUCCGCUUCACAACCAGCAGACCUUCCCUCCUUAUCCACCACAUUCGGAUUACAUGGUGCUAUUGUUACCGCAACUACAUCCUUCUCAAUUGCCUGGUUAUUUCACUGGGGUCGAUCACGGACGGGAUCCGGGUUGAAUCCCAGAAGAGCAGGAAUUCUCUUGAUUGUCAUUCCCCUGCUUGGACUGGUGUUCUAUGCCUUCGCGAAACGACAAUGGCUUAAAUAUUUACGUCACCAGGCGGUGGAUGCCGCCGGUACUUUUAUUCAGAAUGCCCAGAGGUUUGAUUCGGCUGCUUCGGCUUCGGUGGUCUUUAUACAAGAGGUUGAGCUGGUUUCCAGGGGUUACCGGAUAAGUACGCCACUACCUCCAAUCAGUCGACUGGAGGAUCAGGUACAGACGCGUCGUUGUUUGCGACUCCGCAGAACAGUAUCGGAGUGUUUCUGUUCGAUGCUCGAACGAUACGUCUCAUCGCAAAACACGCUGCGACCUCUCACCGACGAGGCCAAUCUAGAGAAGUACUACGAUAUUUACGACAUUUCCCUUGACGAUCUGGAAAAUAUUGAGUUGACAUUGUCUCAACGAAGUAUGGAUGACCAGUAUUCUCUGCGCUCCCUACGAGACUUGUUUGGAAAACUCUAUACUGCGAGGAAAAGUGUUCUGUGCUGUUUGUUGGCUCUGAGCGCUGAUGGUGGUGGAUCCGACGUCAAGCGAUGGAGCUCUGCGGUAGAGGAGAUGCGAGAGCUUGCUGCCGUCACGGGAAGAAGCAUGACCAAGAUGGCGAAUAUCCUUAAUGAGGAGGAUAGGGAUGUCCCUAUACCCCCCUCUCCCUUGCCAUCUGCUUCCCCAAGUAAGGAUCACUUGCGCGCACAAGUUCGAAGAUUAAAUGCCUUAUCUCAAGGAGUGCGUGCCUUGCAUGCCAAAAUGCACAUCGUCAGCGAGGAGACCAAUGCCAACCUCGAACACCCGAAUCCCGAAUUCGAGUCGACUCUACUAACCCAAUACGAUUCCAUUGGCGGUGAUAUUCGGUCAUUACUUGAGGAAUGGGAAGCUGGCAAAGCUGCCAUUGUCAAUAGCCAAGACCGCCUUACUGCCAUGGAUCACUCACGCCCUUCAAGUACCAUCUUGCCCUUGUCCCCCACCCCUAGCCUCGGGGGUAUAACCGCAGUUGAGGGCAGCCCCACCGACGCUCUCAAAGCCUUGAAUGGUGAGAAUCGACCUGAUCUGGUUCAUAGCUUUGACGACGAGGAAAUCUUUGAGGCAGUUGUACUUCCGGCAGCUCGAAAUAAGCGCGCAUCACUCACCCGGGAUGAGCGCUUGGCACGCGUUCGAGAGGAUCGUGUGCGACAAGCUACCGCUCGAGAGAAAGUAGACGCCAAUACUAGCAUGCUCAAGGAGCUAGAGAUGGUUAUCAAGCAACGACCACGGAAUAACCCUUCCAAACGGGUGACCAUGCUUGAGGCACGAUUGGAGCAGGCUUCCCUUCUGAAGCGGGUUGUCGACGCUAUCAAGGACCUGGUUCAGGACUGCAACUUCGACUGCAAUGACACGGGUAUCGCCCUCCAGGCGAUGGAUAACUCGCACGUUGCUCUUGUUUCUAUGCUUCUCCGCGCCGAGGGCUUCUCUCCUUACCGCUGCGACCGUAACAUCGCCCUCGGUAUUAACUUGACCUCCCUGACCAAGGUCCUGCGGGCCGCCCAGAAUGAAGAUAUCCUCACCCUGAAGGCGGAGGACUCCCCCGAUGCCGUCAACCUGACCUUUGAGAGUGCCGAGACCGACCGUCUUAGCGAAUAUGAUAUCAAGCUCAUGGAUAUUGACCAGGAGCACCUGGCUAUUCCUGACACUGAGUACGCUGCCACCGUUGAGAUGCCCGCCAUGGAAUUCCAGCGUAUUUGCCGCGACCUCAACGCACUCUCCGAGUCUGUUGUCAUUGAGGCCUCCAAGGAUGGUGUCAAGUUCUCCUGCCAGGGUGAUAUCGGUAACGGCUCUGUCACCAUCCGCCAGCACACCAACGUCGACAAGCCCGACCAGAACGUCUCUAUCCAAUUGACCGAACCCGUCGCCCUGACCUUCUCCCUUAAGUACCUUGUCAACUUCUGCAAGGCCUCCAACCUGUCCAGCUCUGUAACCUUGCACCUGUCACAGGAGGUGCCCCUCCUUGUUGAAUACGGACUUGGUAGUGGUCACCUGCGAUUCUACCUUGCUCCUAAGAUUGGUGACGAAGAGUAA